AUGGACAUCACUAUUCAGCACCCUUGGUUCAAGCGCGCCCUGGGUUCCUUCUAUCCCAACCGUGUCUUUGACCAGGUUUUUGGAGAUGGGGUGUUUGAUUAUGACCUGUACCCCUUCUUCUCCUCCACCAUCAGCCCUUACUACAGGCAGAGCUUCUUCAGGGGAUAUAUGGACUCUGGCAUCUCUGAGGUGCGCUCAGACCGGGACCGUUUUAUCAUUAACUUGGACGUGAAGCAUUUUUCUCCUGAGGAUCUGACAGUCAAACUUCAGGAUGACUUUGUGGAGAUCCAUGGAAAACACAGUGAAAGACAGGACGAUCACGGAUACAUCUCCCGGGAGUUCCACCGCCGCUAUCGCCUUCCACCAAGCUUGGACCAGUCCUCAGUCAGCUGCUCCCUCUCUGCCGACGGCGUCCUGACCUUCUCCGGUCCCAAACUGCAUUCCAAUCUGGAUUCAAGCCACAGCGAGAGACCUAUCCCUGUAUCCCGUGAUGAGAAGCCCACCUCCGCUCCCUCCUCCUAAACCAGCCUUCUCCUUCUGUACACCCCACCCUACAGUCUACCCCGAUGUACAGACAGAGGGCCAAACCAGCAAU